CAAGUUGACCCGACUGCCUGACGCCAUCUUUAGCCUUGUUGGUCUCAUCAACCCAUCAUGCAAGCGCUCUUCUCCCUCGCAGUAGUGACGUCGUUCGUCGACGUGCACGGUGUAGCUGCCGCCUUCGAUGGCGCAGCCGAUCCCAGCAUGGCUCCUUCCACCGAGCACCAGCGACACGCGAGCGACACGAGGACUUUUCUCGCCGACCACGGCCUUGAGUGCUGCAUCGAUCCCAUCAUGCGCAACCCGAGCUUUCUAGCCGGCGGCGCGGGCGUGGACUCGCCAGACGAUGUGCGCUUCCUCUCUGACGAGCAGAUAGCAAAGCUUCCCAUUCCCGAGGUCAAGAGAACCAUCCUGAUGGCGCUGGCGAGCGAGGCUCGGGAGCGCCGCCGUGCCACGAGGGCGCAGGAGGGCAGGCAGGGAGAGCGAGUCAGCAUGAUCUUCGCCUCGCUCGAAACCAUGCUACGCGGAUUCAUGCUCGGAGCCGGCCUGAGCUUCAUCUACGAGACGCUGCUGCUAAACCGGGAUUUUUAUCAAGCCGAGGCUGACCUCGCCCCGCGAGUCAAGCGCGCCGCCUUCCGUUCGCUUGUCCUGGGCGGCGCGACCGCACUUGCGAUGCACGGCUCGGCCAUUGUCAUUCCCCACUGGAUGCGGCACGUGUGGCUUGCGUGACUGAGAUAACGCAGUCGAGGCGGCCAGAGAAAAGUGGUGAGAGAUCGCAUCUGAGAGGAUCGCGUGCGGCUGCGGGGGCGCAUCCGCGCGGGUGCGCGGCUUACACUUGCAGUGUGUUCUGCCCCCAGGAAGCUUGAGAGACGCGCGAACGCGGAUUCCUGGAGAGUUCUCCCCUCGUCACGGCGUCACGGGCGUCACGGCUCACGCUUUGCCGGAUGCGGGAUGCCGCGAGAAAGGAAUCAAGAAAACACGCGUCGUGGAAAGACGCGGUACAGAUCGUAUACUACCUU